AUGGCAGUUUCUGACGGCAACAAUUCUUCCAGUUCUUCUGACGAGGAUUCCAAAGCUUCUGCAGCUAAUUCGAAAGCUAAGACAACUCAUGUUGAAGGGACAAAGUCCAGCAUACCCAUGAACAGCCGGAGAGUCACUUAUGCCAAGCUUAUGAAACGAAAAGCCGAGACUGAUGAAGCAGAGGAUCGUAAGCGUAAGAAGGAUCGGAUCCGGCGCAAAAUACUGGCGGCAGAGGAGUGGCGUCGAUUCGUCGAUGGGGUACCUUCUGACUCUGAUACUGACGCUUACGAAGAGGAAACCACAUGGGUGUUACCAGAAUACAAGAUCAAGCCUGACCGGCGUACCAGGGAGCUUGAAGCUGAAGCAAAAGAAGACUCGGAUUCGGACGAUCCUUAUACCCAUCCAGACUUCAUCAAUGGUCCUGAUAGCGAUUCUGACGAAGAGGAGGAUUCCGAGAAGGACAGUGAUGAUGAAUCUGACAGCUCAGAUGAAUCUGACGAAUAG